AUGCCGUCCCACCUUCCGCUGAGCUGGGCUUUUCUCCUUAGUGCAACCUGGUCACGCACACUUCCGGACAAGAAUGAGCUGGCCAACGCGUGCUACUUCACCUAUCGAGUUGGAUACGUGAUUUGUGAUGCCAGUUUAGGGCCCGAGGCGGCUCAAAAAGAGAUGGAGGCUGGUCGAUGCAACGCGGACUUCCGAUUGAUGGGUUCUGACUUCCAGCGAUUGGUGCUGAAGCACUACAUGGAAGGUCGGCCUCCCUUGGAAGAGGCUAUGUGGCUUUUGACCUCAUCGGAAAAUUUCCAGACGCGCACGCUGUCCGAGUGUCCGCCGAUGCAAAUCUUGGCUAACAUGUUGUAUGGCGAAGCCCUUCUGUACCUGGAUGGUCCAAGCAGAGAUGGGGAGUCUGCAAUGCUGGUAGCUCAGGCCAUAGAACAAACGAAGCGCGUCCAGCCUGAAGUCUUGAACGCCUUGGCACGCACAUGGCCCCUAGACAUGGCCACCCAUCGCUUUCAGGACAGGCAUGUCUUCUGA